GCUUCUGUCGCUGUGACGGUGCGAGCGAGCGAGUAGGCCCCUGCUCGCGUUGUCUCUCUGUGUGUGUGGUUACCUCUCUUGUUUAUUUUGGGGAUUUUUGAUCGUUCCGCGGUGGCUCCGCUGCAGACACGGAGCGCCACGGAGCACGAGGAGAGCUCCCCUAUCAGCCAAGGGCGACCUCCAGCUCGCAUGCCCAGGCAGCGGGCCCGGGACCCGCCGUGUUUAUUGCUGGACGCGAGCUAAGGGCCGGCGGCGGUGCGGUGAUGGCCGGGCUUUACCAGAGCCGGGACGAACCAGGCUCCGACAAGUUUCUCAACCUCAAGGACAUGCGCGAGGUCAAGGAGGACACCACCAUCGACGAGAAGAUCUUCCUGCUCGCCUGCGAGAAAGGCGACUACUACAUGGUGCGGCGGCUGCUGGAGGAGCGGGGCCGUUCGGGCCUCAACGUGGACUGCCUGGACGUGCUGGGCCGCAGCGCCGUGAACAUCUCCAUCGAGAACGAGAACCUGGACGUCCUCAUGCUGCUACUGCAGCACUCGUGCCAGGCCAACGACGCCCUGCUCGUGGCCAUCGACGCCGGUGUGGUGGGGGCCGUUGACAUUCUGCUCAACCACCGGCCGCGGCGCGCCUCCAAGCCGACCAUCGAGAAGCUGAUGCAGAAGAUGCAGAACCCCGAGUACUCGACCAGCAUGGACGUGGCGCCCGUCAUCCUGGCGGCGCACCGCGACAACUACGAGAUCCUCACCGUGCUGCUCAAGCAGGACAUCUCGCUGCCGAGGCCGCACGCCGUCGGCUGCGAGUGCUGCAUCUGCCAGGCCAAGAAUCGCAAGGAUAGCCUUCGCCACUCCCGGUUCCGUCUGGACAUCUACCGCGCGCUCGCCAGCCCCGCGCUCAUCAUGCUCACCGAGGAGGACCCCGUGCUGCGCGCCUUCGAGCUCAGCGUGGACCUCAAGGAGCUCAGCCUCGUCGAGGUCGAGUUCAGGAACGAUUACGAGCAGCUGGCGCAGCAGUGCAAGAGCUUUGCCAAGGACCUCCUGGCGCAGGCGCGCAACUCCCGCGAGCUGGAGGCCAUCCUGAACCACACGGCCAGCGACGAGCCCGUGGACAAGCGCGGCCUCUUGGAGGAGCGCAUGAACCUGAGCCGCCUCAAGCUGGCCAUCAAGUACGACCAGAAGGAGUUCGUGUCGCAGUCCAACUGCCAGCAGUUCCUCAACACGGUGUGGUACGGCGAGGUGUCGGGGUACCGGCGCCGGCACGUCGUCGCCAAGGGCCUCACGGUGCUGGCGCUCGGCCUCGCCUGGCCGGGCCUGGCUCUCGCCUACCUGCUGGGGCCGCGCUCCCGGCUGGGCCGCGUGGCGCACGCCCCCUUCACCAAGUUUGUGGCGCACGGCGCGUCGUACUUCACCUUCCUGCUGCUGCUCAACCACUACUCGCUGGUGUACAACGAGGACAAGAAGAACACGAUGGGGCCCGCGCUGGAGCUGGUCGACUACCUCAUCAUCAUGUGGAUGGCCGGGCUGCUGUGGGCCGACGUGAAGAAGCUCUGGUACGAGAGUCUGGACGACUUCAUGGCCGAGUCGCGGAACCAACUGAGCUUCGUCAUGAACUCGCUCUACGUGGCGACGUUCACCCUCAAGGUGGUCGCCAACUGCAAGUUCCACGCCAUCGCCGAGCGCAAGGACUGGGACGCCUUCCACCCGACCCUCGUGGCCGAGGGGCUGUUCGCGUUCGCCAACGUCUUCAGCUACCUGCGCCUCUUCUUCAUGUACACCACCAGCUCCAUGCUGGGGCCCCUGCAGAUCUCGAUGGGGCGCAUGCUGCGCGACUUCGUCAAGUUCCUGGGCAUGUACCUGCUGGUGCUCGUCUCGUUCGCCGUGGGCCUCACCCAGCUCUACGCCAAGUUCCCCGACGAGGGCGCCGACUGCCCGGGCAUCUUCUGCGAGCGGCAGAGCAACGACACCUUCCACUCGUUCCUGGGCGCGUGCUCGGCGCUCUUCUGGUACGUCUUCUCGCUGGCACACGUGGCGCUGUUCGUGACGCGCGUCUCCACGGCCGACGAGCUGCAGUCGUUCGUGGGGGCGCUCAUCGUGGGCACCUACAACGUCGUGGUGGUCAUCGUCCUGGCCAAGCUGCUCGUCGCCGUGCUGCACAACAGCUUCCAGCUGAUCGCCCAGGACCACGAGGAUAAGGAGUGGAAGUUCGCCCGGGCGAAGCUGUGGCUCAGCUACUUUGAUGACAAGUGCACGCUGCCGCCCCCGUUCAACCUGCUGCCGCACCCCAAGACCAUCUGCUACGCGCUGGGCGGCCUGCGCAAGCUCGUGCUGUCUCACACCGCCAGCGGCAGGGCCAAGCGCGAGAACAGCGUCCGCGAGUGGCGCAGCGUGCGUGCGCGCCGCGCCGCCAGCUACCAGAAGGUGAUGUGCUGCCUGGUCCACCGCUACCUCAUGGCGGCGCGGCGACGGCGGCACACGUCGGAGCAGGCCACGGUCGAGAGCCUGAGCGAGCUGCGCCAGGACCUGGGCAAGUUCCGCAAUGAGAUGCGCGACCUGCUGGGCUUCCGCACUGCCAAGUAUGCCACCUACCACACCCGCAACUAGGCUACCGCCGCUCGCACCCUCGCUCGUCAACUGAAUUAGCUCAAGUAACUAGAACAAUGUAUUUCACGCUAUCGUUUGUCGAAGAAAGCGGAACAACGUGAACGUCCGGAAUAAUCCCCGAAUUCCGAGAUCCAAUGCACCGCGCCUCCUGACUUUUGACGGUUCCGUCUCCUCCUCGGUGACGCCGGUGGUGCAACCAUCAACUGCACCAUCAGAACAUCAUCACCGGGCCGAUGCGCACCACAUCUCCGUCAUGAAUGGGAAAUUAAAGACGCGAGCCACAGUCGUCCAAUUGUCCCGUAAACAAAAAGUCCCGUAAAAAUAAAAAAAAUCCACAUUCACACGAUUACGCUGGUUCCCUGGUUGAACGUUUUCUCACACCUCACGUUGGAUUUGGAUCGGUGUUCCCUGAAGAGAAGAGACAUCGAGGUUUCAUUGUCACCGGCUCAUUCUAUGCUCCGGUGAAUCUCCAGCGCUUGUUGAUUGAGAGCUUGUACUCAACUAGCGGCGCGCCCGGUCUGUCGCUCUACUCGUGGCCGUCGACGUGUGGCUGUCGAUGAUUCCGUGUGGCCGUCGAUGAUUCCGCUUGACCGUCGAUGAUUCCGCUUGGCCGUCAAUAAUUCCGCGUGGCUGACUAUCGACGAUUCUGCAUGACCGUCGAUGAUUCAGCGUGGCAGUCGAUGACUCCGCAUGGCGGUCAAUAAUUCUGCGUGGUCGUCGAUGAUUCCGCGUGACCGAUUGUCGAUUAUUCUAAAUUGCUGUUAAUGAUUCGGCGUGGCCGUCGAUGAUCCCGCAUGGCCGUCAAUGAUUCGGCGUGGCCGUCGAUGAUUCCGCGUGGCCGUCGAUGAUUUCCGGCGCAGCGCGAGUGACCAAAGCGUGCAGGUGACCCGCGCGAAGCCCCCUCUUGGACUCCUCUCCGAGUGAAUCCAUGUUGACGGCUACUUUAUCACUGUCCUCAAAUGUAUUUAUAUGAUUCGUGGUGGCACAUCUCAGUACGAUACAUACGAUACAUUGUCAAUGCCCUGUGUUGUGCCCAUACUGUGCUUUGUGCAUUUUAUGUCAUGAUCAUCAGCGUUAAUCAAUACCAUUUUCGAAAUAAAACUUGAGGGUUACAGAAAGAAAAAAAAAAACGACGGUGUCGGAGUCUCUUCGUCUGCCACCCAGAGUCUGAAUGUCGCUGGGAGCACGGUGUUUGUCAGUCCCGUGGGUUGGCACGCGGCGCUUGACUCACCGAUAACCACCUGCAGAAUAACUUCCAUUGUGUACGUUGAUUGACUCUGAAAACCCAACUAAUGAUAGCGACCCAUUGUAAUUGAUAUGACUAGAUUAACCCGCCCCCACCCCGUCCCUGGUCUUCGCAUCUGCUUGGCUCACAGUGUUGACAUCACACUUAUCCCCACCUCUAUUCAAGACCGAACCAGGAAGAGGAUUUAUCCACUACUCUGGCUGUCGCCUGAUGAUGCUGGUGGUUGUUGUUGUAAUUACCUUGCGAAACGUGACGGUACUCGAAUUGUAAAUGUUGUAGUGGGGUUUACCCUCCAACACACAACCGGUGAGUGCUGAACUAGUAACUAAUCGGCACGUUUCGUUUGUGGAGAACAAUUGACAUCUUUUGCCUCAUGACAAAUUAUCUGCUGUUCUUCGUGUACGUGUCGCAACACGUUCUUCGGGAGCUAAUGGUGCCGGUGUUGAGGGCUUGCUGCUGGCCACCACGAGACGGCUUCAGGAGAGAGAUAGAGAGUUCGUCUCGGUUUUGCUCUUCCUACUUGUUCGUCGAAGCACAGAACUACAGUGGUUUAAAUAUUUGGUGCAUAAUUUGGGGUUUGCUUGGCCACAAUCGCACUACUGUGGCUUGUCUUAUAUGUAUCUCUAUGGGUCUCUGAUUCUCUAUUAUCUCGGUGUAUCUCGAUGUAUAUAUUUGGGUCUCUAUGUCUCGAUGGGUCUCUAUAAGUCUCUAUGACUCUAUGUCGCUAUGAGUCUCUAUGUAUCUUUAUGGGUCUCUAAGCAUCUCUAUGCGUGUAGAUGAUUUUGGCCGCCGCUAUACAUUUCCACAUGAUGGUGGCAAGCCCCUUUGUUGAGCAGCUAUCAUUUGUGGCCUGGUCGCUUCUGAAAGAGAGCCCUAUAGGCUCAGUGGGCUUUACCUGGUCAAAGAUAAAGUUUAGUUUUAGUCGGUGUGUCACCAUGGGUUUACUAGACGGUCUAUAGUUUGGGUUGCUACACGACUGUGGCUCGUGCCUUGGAUUUUCCACUCUUGAAUGAGAUGUGGUGCGCAUCGGCCUGGCAGUGAUGUUCUGAUGAUGCGGUUGAUGGUUCCACCACCGUGAGAGCCAGGAGGUGCGAUGUUUUGGGUCUCGGAUUUGCGGUGUAUCCUGGACGUUCGCGUUGUUCCGAUUUGUUCGACAAAUGACACCUAAAGACGGCAAAAUAAAACGUGUUUUUUUUUUCAGUUUAAAUUUUUUAUUUUCAUUUCAUCUUAUACAGUGCAACAACCGAGUUUAAAAAUAAAAACGUCGGUAAAGUGAAGUGCGCCAUUUACAGAUAAACCUUUGUCGAUGGUGGCAAUGUGAGCCGCGGCUUUGGGUACUUCUUGAGCGUUUUCAACACGAGGCAGUCGGCGCUACUCUGCCGUAUCGACAGCGGAGUGCAACGCUCCGUGAAAAUACCCAACGUGGCAUUGUGCUGUACAGACUCACCUUCAACCGCUCGUUUUAUCGCUUCCCAGACAGCGUGGUGAUUUACAUGAGUAUGAUAACAAUAACAUUGUCUAUACCACGUCUGGUAAACCACCACUGGUAUCCUAUUACGCUGUGCAAAUUUGUAGAUGAAAAAAAAAACGAGCGACAUAUUACCGAGUUGGAUAACCGAUCGCAACAUUGGCCCCUACUGGCAGAAUAGUUCCCACUUUGCAGGCCGGCUCUGCGUGUACCUUGCGACACACAGGGACAGAUGCCGUCAGGGGGGGGGUCCCCCUUUGCAAAAAAAA